CGUUGCUCUGCUGCAGCCCUGGCAGCUCCAUCUGCAAACGCCGCCACUGUAAAUUGUAAAUUAUUUUAUUCAAAAAUUAUGGCCAAGAGUAAGAAACAAUUGCGCGAACAGCACGCUGCAAGGGAAGCCGUUCAAGUCACCAACGCGCGACUGGAGACGUGCAACGAUGCCUACACGAGCGGCGCAUUUAGUUACCUGCGCUUUUUGGUUCACCUGCUGGCGGCGGCACAAUUCUGCUACGGGAUUUACUAUUAUCUAUUCAAACUGCACUGGCCGAAGGGUCUGCAUGAGGAGGAGGAGCUGAAAACGCGCUGGGGUGGCAAAUUCAAGUAUCUGACAUUUCUCGAUGUCAUCGUGCAGGCCAUUUAUCACAGCGUGGCGCUGCUGAAUGAUAUCUUCGGCAACAACACCGUGACCGUGGCUCCAAAGUCCUGUCUGCGCCAGGUGCGUGAUUAUAUAUUCGCCACGUUCGCAUUUCCCAUUGCGCAUAAUGUGUGCAUUUCCUUCUGGGUCAUUUAUGUAUGGGAUCGUGAGCUCAUCUUUCCCGCCGCCCUGGACCUUAUUUUUCCCAACUGGCUGAAUCAUGUGGUUCAUACGAAUGUUGCGCUAUUGGCCAUCAUGGAUAUGUUUACUUGCUUCCGGCGCUAUCCCAGCCGCUUGGCCGGCGUCACCGGCAACGUGGCGUUUAUGCUCCUCUACAUCAUUUGGGUGAAUAUUGUGCGCUAUUUUAGCGGUCAGUGGGUUUAUCCCUUGCUCGAGGUUUUGCCGGUGCCGCUGCGUUGUUUAAUGUUCCUCGGUUUAGUCGGUUUGAGUUUGGCCUGCUACUUGCUGGGCGAGUUCGUUAACAAUAUUGUGUGGGCGCCAGAGUUCAAGUUGCUGAAGCAAAAACAAAUCAAACAGGGCUAAAGCACACAACUAACCAACUUAUGUACUCAUUUGAAAACCAAGAGAUUUGUUCAUUGUGUUCGUCUGUCCGCAGAGGCUGCCUUAAAAUACACUCCACUGUAUAUAUCUUA